GCUACGACUUGGGAGAGGAACCUUGCGUGGGUCCUCCCACCGGAACUUCCUGAACCGUGUGCCUGCAGAUGGCGUCACCUGGAGCUUGAGCAGCUGCACGUUGGUAUCGAAGAUCUGGUGAGAGAAGAUGGGCAAGAACAAAUUAAGAGGGCAGAAGCCCCGGAAUGUAUUUCACAUAGCCAGCCAAAAAAACUUUAAGGCUAAAAACAAAGCAAAACCAGUUACUACUAGUCUUAAGAAGAUAAACAUUGUGAAUAAUGAAAAAGUUAACCGAGUGAAUAAAGCUUUUGUGAACAUACAGAAGGAACUUGCACACUUCUCAAGAGGCCUUUCUCUGGAACCUCUCCAGAAAGAACUGAGUCCUCGGCAUCAUGAAAAUGAACCAGUUAAUGUUGAUGAAGCUACAAGAUUAAUGGCUCAGUUGUAAUGUAAUGGUGAUAUACCAAAUUCCUCUUCAAAAGACCAAUAAAUUAAAUGUUUUAUACAACUUUAUUUUUAAAAAUCUUGUUAAUGUACAAGCAUUGGCACAUUUUAAAAACAAACUACAUAAACAGAUCUUUCCUAUACUCUAGGAAAGUGGAAUGUCAGAAGUCAACAAAAUGUGAUAAACUUAAAGUGCUAAAACAGAAGGCACUUCACAAAAUCUGUUCACUGAAACAGUUACAUAUCCUCAUUUACAUCCUUCAUUUUAUAAGUGGCAGUGAAUGUCUGUUUGGAUUGAAGGAUAUUCAGAAAUCGUUUCAUGGCAGUAAAAAUACUAAACAAACAGUGAUUAGCCCUUGGCCAACAUUUUUUGUUUUGAUGUCUUGAAGUCUACUUUUAUCUUCCUCUCAUAAGAGGAGAAAACAGAAGGAUUCAAAAUUGAAGGAAAACUGAAAUCCAAAAAUGUAACUAAUUGUUUGUAGGGGAGGCUGGUAGAUAUUAAAUCAUUUUUCCC